AAGUGAAAAUGAAGAUAUCCGUAGGAAUCUAACUGGAGAGAUAGCCUCCUUCCUCAAUCCCCUCAUCCAAUUUCGCAGCUCUGCAUUUCCUCUUUUUUCUUCAUUCGAAAUACGGUGUUAAUGGCGUCGAUAAAUUUCAAUCCGUUCGGUGACAACUGGUUCAAAUCCCCACCUAAGUUCCCAAUUCCGUCAAUCAACCUCGUUUCCUCGCUCUUCAAACCGCAGGGGAGAACCCCAAACUUCGCCGCUAUUUCGAAUCCUUUUCCGAAGAAAGCGCAGCCCGAGGCGGAUGAGAAGCCCGGGAAGUACACGCAAAUGCUGGAGCAGUUCUACUGGGAGUGUGAGAAUUUACCUGAUUAUCGACAUAGGCCUGAAGUGGAGAAGAUUUUGCAGGAAGACCCGAUUAUUGAGAAGAAGGAGAACCCGACCCAGGAAGAGAUUGAGGAGAAUGAGCGAUGGUGGGCUGAGUUCAAGAGCAGCCCGGUUGUGCAGUUCUUGACCCGAGCUGAGGAGAUUGCUGAUAAAAUUAAUGAGCUGGAGCUGCAGGAGAAUUCAGUUCCCUACAAGAAAGAGGAUAAGAAAUAUUGGCAGGCGGUGCCCAAUGUGAUUGGGCUGGAUGGGAGGCCAAUGCCAAGGAAAGCUAUAAAAACUAGGCAGGAAUCGGAUGAUAAAUUCUGGGAUUUUGCUAGGCAGUUCUUCUUUGGACUUUGGGGGUUCAGGCAACGGCCAUACCCACCGGGUAGGCCAAUUGAUGUUGCUCAGGCUAUAGGUUAUAAAGCACUGGAGAGGCGCUACUAUGACUUUAUCAUGAAAACUGGUGGGUGGUACUAUAAGGACCGAUUGGGUCGUUCAAGGGGACCAAUGGAAUUGAUACAGCUGAAAACUGCUUGGGGUGCGGGGAUAAUUGACAAGGAUACUUUUAUCUGGGGCGAUGAUCUGGAUGAAUGGGCGCCUAUUAGCAUGGUCUAUGGUCUCGAGCGUGCAAUUGCUACUUGGGAAGUUAGAUUAGGUGCUGCUGCUACAGCUGCUAUUCAUAAGUUACAGAAAGGAAUUCCUCCAUGGGUUCCUCUCAAGGGGCAUGAAAAAAAAACUUACAAGCAGCUGCAAGACGAAGCAUACGAGAGCAAAAGGCGUGAUUUGGCUGUUCUAGAGGCUAAUAAUGGUGUUUGGCCUGGUGUCAGAAUCCCAAGCCAUGCUCUGUUUUUAUGGGCAAGUGGCUCUGAAUUGACAACUCUUCUUGAAGAAGACCAUAUGCCUAAUAAAUAUAUUCCGAAAGAUCUUAGACGGGAAUUGGCUAAAAUUAUCCCCGGGUUGAGGCCAUGGGAGGUUCUCAGCAUCGAACAGGCCAUGGAAAAUAUUGUUUUUGGUGGUAAAUGGCACCGUGUGCCUCUCGGAUCGUACACAACUGGACCACCAUACAUUGCUGAAUGGAACAAAGACGUCAUGAGACUUUUUGAGAUUUUCCACAAUCUGAGUGUUCAAACAUACCAAAAACUGGAGAAGACAAUCCCAGGUUUCGACCAGAUCAUGGAAAAAGUCCAAGCCGAUGCUGCUCAGAAAGCUGAAAGAAGAAAAGCUAAGAGGGCUGCCGAGAAGAAAGAAAAGGAGGAGCGGAGAAAACUGGAGAGUCGAUAACAAAGCUAGCUAUGUACUGCCAUUGCUUUCUUGCUCUCAGUUAAGUUCUCCCCUCAUCGAUGAUUCUCUGUGCUUACCUUCUCCCUCUGGAGUUCUGUUUCUUCCUUAGCAACGGCGAGUCGAGAUAUUGUGGGUCUACACUGAUCAUGUAGUAGCUAAGUAGAAGAGAUUUUAGGUUGAGGAAUACUGUAAAUUCUUGUUGAUAGAGCACAAGUUUUGAACUUGCAAAGAUAGCACUGACUUGUCUUGAAUUUUUUGAAUAUCUCACAUCUUUUGUGCUCUUCAGCAUACAUGUUCAUCGAUGGGUUAAUAUUGCAAUAUCGUCCUUUAUUUCA